AUGGUUCUCACUCGAGUCGAGUGUUACUUCGACACUCCGAACGGUACUGCCGGGAAAAUCAACCACCUGGAUCUGGAUUUGCGCGAACACGAUUCGCCCUCGGAAGUGAAGAAACAAAUCGCGAUCUUGACCGACGUGCCGUACAAAAAUCUGAAACUUCGCUUGAACAUGGAUUACGGCUUGACUGCGUUUGAUACGAGAAAUCGAGAUAUCAAAGUCGGCACGUGCGGGGUGAGCGUGAGUUGCGAUAACCCGGACAUGUUGGAUUAUAAGAAUCGAAAUUCGGUCGGGAAAGCGGUACACGAGCUCCCAGAUUUUAAGCCCGAAAUGCUGGACGAUUCGUUCGAUUGGCAACAGAAGAGUAAGCCGGAAUGGUUGGUACGAUCGAAGAAGUCUUACAACCGCGCGUAG